AUGUUCACUGGUAUAGUCGAGGAGAUUGGAGUCGUUGCCGAGCUCAACCCGCACGAUGCCACCGGGGGGACAUCGCUGACCAUCUCGCUUCCAGCGGGCAGCAGUCUGCUCUCGGACUGUCAUGACGGUGACAGCAUCGCCGUCAAUGGCGUGUGCCUCACCGUCACGUCCUUCACGCCGACGCAGUUCACCGUGGGCGUGGCGCCGGAGACGCUACGCGUCACGGACCUGGGCGACCUGGUCAAGGACUCGCGCGUGAACCUCGAGAGGGCUGUGCGGGCCGACACCCGCAUGGGCGGCCACUUUGUGCAGGGCCACGUCGACACGACCGCGACCAUAGCGGACAAGCAGGCAGAUGGCAACGCCAUCACCAUGCGGUUCAAGCCACGGGAGGGCAGCGACGUGUUGAAAUACAUCGUGCGGAAGGGGUACGUCGCCCUGGACGGGACGAGUCUGACGGUCACCAAGGUCGACGACGCAGCCGGGUGGUGGGAGGUCAUGCUCAUCGUGUACACGCAGGAGCGUGUCGUCCUGGCGCAGAAGAGCGUUGGUGAUACUGUCAAUGUUGAGGUUGACGUCUUGGCCAAGUAUGCUGAGAAGAGUAUGGCUGGAUAUUUGAGCUCUCUCAACAAGAGUGGCGCGUAA